CGGCGGCGCAGCCCCUGGAGCGAGCGAGGCCACCGCCGCCGCCACUGCCGCAGCCGCAGGAGGCGUGAGAAGCGGACGCGAGGCGCUCGGCCGGGGUCACACUGCAUGGUGUCAGAAGUGGGAUCUGAAGGAGCCAGCCGCGGGGGAACUACAACUCCUGGGAUCGAGCGAGGUACCCACAUUUGAGCCCUUUGUGCUCUUUGCUUCCGCGAGUUACCGUAACUUUCUGUUGGCAGCACCACCCGCGGCGCGGGAGUCCUGGGACACGGGAAUUAGGCAAGGUUGAAGUGUCUUCCUGUGAUCUAGAGCGUGCGAGACCGUCUAAACACCAGCAGGCGGUCAGAGUGCUCUGAUGGCAGAUAACAGUUUUUCAGAUGGUGUUCCUUCAGACGCCCUGGAGGCUGCUAAAAAUGCGAGUAACACAGAAAAGCUCACCGACCAGGUGAUGCAGAAUCCUCAGGUUUUGGCAGCUUUACAGGAGCGGCUUGACCACGUCUCCCACACUCCUUCCAGUUACAUCGAGACUUUACCCAAAGCAGUGAAAAGAAGAAUCAAUGCGUUGAAACAGCUGCAGGUGAAGUGCGCCCACAUAGAGGCCAAGUUCUACGAGGAGGUGCACGACCUGGAGAGGAAGUACGCCGCGCUCUACCAGCCUCUCUUUGACAAGAGAAGGGAGUUCGUCACCGGCGAUGUUGAGCCGACGGACGCGGAAUCGGAGUGGCACAGCGAGAACGAGGAGGAGGAUAAAUUGGCCGGAGACGUGAAAAACAAAGUAGUCAUCGCCGAGAAAGAAGCAGCCGCAACAGAGGAGCCAGACCCCAAAGGGAUCCCAGAGUUCUGGUUUACCAUCUUCAGAAACGUAGACAUGCUGAGUGAGUUAGUCCAGGAGUACGACGAGCCGAUCUUGAAGCACCUGCAGGAUAUUAAAGUGAAGUUUUCAGACCCCGGGCAGCCUAUGUCUUUUGUAUUAGAGUUCCACUUUGAGCCCAACGACUACUUUACCAACUCAGUGCUGACAAAAACGUACAAGAUGAAGUCGGAGCCAGACAAGGCUGAUCCCUUCUCCUUUGAAGGCCCCGAAAUAGUCGACUGUGACGGGUGUGUUAUUGACUGGAAGAAAGGAAAAAAUGUCACAGUCAAAACAAUCAAGAAAAAGCAGAAACACAAGGGCCGAGGCACGGUGAGAACGAUCACCAAACAAGUCCCCAACGACUCCUUCUUCAACUUCUUCAGCCCGCUGAAAGCAUCUGGGGAUGGAGAAUCACUGGAUGAAGACUCAGAAUUCACCUUAGCGUCCGACUUCGAAAUUGGACAUUUCUUUCGCGAGCGGAUAGUCCCGCGGGCCGUGCUCUACUUCACAGGCGAGGCCAUAGAGGAUGACGACAAUUUUGAAGAGGGUGAGGAAGGAGAAGAGGAGGAAUUAGAAGGCGAUGAGGAGGGAGAAGAUGAAGAUGAUGCCGAAACCAACCCCAAGAAGGAGCCCAGCCAGCCCUCCGAGUGCAAACAGCAGUAAGAAGACGGCCCCGAGGACCGCGGCGGCGGCGCUCACGUCUGACUCGUUCUCAAGUGCAUGAUUUUGACGUUAAUUUUUCCUUUAUCCUUAUUAUUUUGCUUAACCUGUACAGUGGCAACUUAAACGCAUUUCAGAAAUAGGAGUUUGAUUCCAGCACCCUCUGCGGCCUGGGGUGCAGCGCAGCGGGCUUUCCCGGGCCCUGCCUUCGGGAGGAGGGGGCGGUGGGAGGCCCGUCGACGCCAGGGCCGGGUGUCAGGGGACGUGGGUCCGGGGCAUCCAGGCGCCGUAACUCCACACUCGGACUGGAUUCUUCCUUCACUUGGAGAAACUCACACGCUCUGUGUUUCCCGCCACCCGGUGUCCUGUGCUGUCCUCGGUCCCCAGAGCCGGUAGAGUCGAGUCCUGUUCUCCUUAGAGUGUUCCUUCUUCACUUCCGUCUUCCUCGGGGCGGCACGGGGGGCGAGCGCACCCCAGCCUGAGGCGCGAGUCUUCGUGCUUCGUCCUCGUAUUUAUUUAUUCUUUCCUGCUCGUGAGGGCCCGGGGCGCCUGCCGCCGCCUGUCCGUACGGUCUCUGAACGCUUGUGUGUGACUGGCGACUUGGGACCCCCCGGUGGGUGCGCUGGAGGCAGCCUCGCCCUGUCCCGCCGGCUCUGCUGGGGGGGGUGCGGGGGGCGCUUCUCGUGCGUGCAUGUCGGGUCUCGCUUCCUCAGCACCCCCGUCCCUCGGCCCUGUGCUCCUCUCGUCCCUGUUCUUGGCUGGCGUGUGAGGUUCCCGAGUGUGUGACCGUGCCUCCGGCAGCCGGGACGCGUGCCCACACUGCCACCAGGCCCGUCGAGUGCUCAGCCUUACUUACGAUACAUUUGUAACUGAAUACGGUGUUUUCAAUUUGUACAGAAUAGUUAGAAUAUUCUAUUAAAGUUGUGAAACACGAA